GUCCGCCGCUUCGUUCGCUCCGGGUCUCCAGCCUGCCGAGAGCUGAAGCGAUCCUCCCUCUGCGUCCUCCGCAGCCCUCCGCCUCGCCGCCGCUCCGUCUCCUAAAGAGUCGCCUUCUCUCUCCGCCGCCGCCAUGAACGGGCAGCUCAACGGCUUCCACGAGGCGUUCAUCGAGGAGGGGACGUUCCUCUUCACUUCCGAGUCCGUAGGGGAAGGUCACCCAGAUAAGAUUUGUGACCAAAUCAGUGAUGCUGUCCUUGAUGCACACCUUCAACAAGAUCCUGAUGCUAAAGUGGCUUGUGAAACUGUUGCUAAAACUGGAAUGAUCCUUCUUGCUGGGGAAAUUACAUCCAGAGCUGCCAUUGAUUACCAGAAAGUGGUUCGUGAAGCCAUAAAACACAUUGGAUAUGAUGACUCUUCCAAAGGGUUUGACUACAAGACUUGUAAUGUGUUGGUUGCCUUGGAACAACAGUCACCAGAUAUUGCCCAAGGUGUUCAUCUUGACCGGAAUGAGGAAGACAUUGGUGCAGGAGACCAGGGUUUGAUGUUUGGUUAUGCCACUGAUGAAACUGAAGAGUGUAUGCCUUUAACCAUUGUCUUAGCACACAAGCUAAAUGCCAAACUGGCUGAACUACGCCGCAAUGGUACAUUGCCUUGGUUACGCCCAGAUUCUAAAACGCAAGUGACUGUGCAGUAUAUGCAAGAUCGGGGUGCUGUGCUUCCCAUCAGAGUCCACACGAUUGUUAUAUCUGUUCAGCAUGAUGAAGAAGUUUGUCUUGAUGAGAUGAGGGAUGCUCUGAAGGAAAAAGUGAUCAAAGCUGUUGUACCUGCAAAAUACCUUGAUGAGGAUACAAUUUACCACCUACAGCCCAGUGGCAGAUUUGUUAUUGGUGGGCCUCAGGGUGAUGCUGGCUUGACUGGCCGAAAAAUCAUUGUGGAUACUUAUGGCGGUUGGGGAGCUCAUGGAGGAGGGGCCUUUUCAGGAAAGGAUUAUACCAAAGUGGACCGUUCAGCUGCUUAUGCUGCACGUUGGGUGGCAAAAUCCCUUGUUAAAGGAGGUCUGUGCAGGAGGGUUCUUGUUCAGGUCUCUUAUGCUAUUGGAGUUUCUCAUCCAUUGUCGAUCUCCAUUUUCCAUUAUGGCACUUCUCAGAAGAGUGAGAGAGAGCUAUUAGAAAUUGUAAAGAAGAAUUUUGAUCUUCGCCCUGGGGUCAUUGUCAGGGAUCUGGAUCUGAAGAAGCCAAUUUAUCAGAGGACUGCAGCCUAUGGCCACUUUGGUAGGGACAGCUUCCCAUGGGAAGUGCCCAAAAAGCUUAAAUAUUGAAAGUGUUAGCCUUUUUUCCCCAGACUUGUUGGCGUAGGUUACAGAGAAGCCUUCAAGCUCUGAGGGAAAGGGCCUUCUUCCUAAAUUUUUCUGUCCUCUUUCAGCUCCUGAUCAGUUGCAGUCACUCUAAUCAAUGACAUGAAUUUUAGCUUUUGUGGGGGACUGUAAGUUGGGCUUGCUAUUCUGUCCCUAGGUGUUUUGUUCACCAUUAUUAUGGAUAUAGUGAGCAUAGGUGACCCAUGUAACUGCCUAGAAACAAACACUGUAGUGAAUAAUGCUUUGAAAUCAAACCUUUGUGCCCUAUCACCUAAUCCUCCAAAGUCCUAAUUGCAAUUACUUUCCUACCAGAUGCUGAAAAUGUCCUUGUAAUGUGCACGUAAAGUACUUGUAGUUUGACUAUAGACUCUGGCAAUGCCACAGCCCUGUCAGCAUGAAUUUGUAAUGUCUUGAGCUCUAUUUAUUGAAUGUGAAGCCCCUUAUCCUCCCUGUAACUCAUUUUUAAUUAUGUAGUUCUUUGUCAGGGAGUGUUCCUAUCCAAUCAAUCUUGCAUGAAACGAAAGUUUCAGUUGGAGCUCUAGCCUGACUUAAAAAAAAAAAAAGGCAGUUACAAUUAAACCAUCUCCCUGGUGCUUAUGCUAUUAAUUGCCACCUCAAACAGCACCAAAUCAAAAUCUCUCCACUUUUCAGCUGUCUUUGGAGGACGUACGUAAUAAGGUUUUAUUUAGUAAACCAACCCUAUGCAUGGUUUCAGCACUAGCCAAACCUCACCAACUUUUAGUCUAGAAAAACAGGCACUUGGCACCCUUGUGAUAUACAGAGAAGUCACAGGGCAGUACCUGAGGGUCUGUAGGUUGCACACUUUGGUACCAGGUAACUUUUUUUUCUUUAUAAGAAAGAGUACUCCACACUGCACAAUAGCUCCUCCCAGGGUUUUAACUUUGUUUUAUUUUCAAAACCAGGUCCAAUGAGCUUUCUGAACAGCUGGUGUAGCUACAGAGAAACCAGCUUCCUUCAGAGAGCAGUGCUUUUGGCGGGGAGGAGGAAAUCCCUUCAUACUUGAACAUUUUCUAAUUGCUUAUUUAUUGUAUUCUGGGGUAUGGCGUAAGUACAGAGAAGCCAUCACCUCAGAUGGCAGCUUUUAAAAGAUUUUUUUUUUUUUUCCUCAACACCAUGAAUUCCUUUAACAUGUUUCCAGCAUUCCCAGGUAGGCCAAGGUGUCCUACAGAAAAACCUUGGGUUAGACCUACAGGGGGUCUGGCUGGUGUUAACAGAAGGGAGGGCAGAGCUGGUGCAGCUGGCCAUGGAGAAAGCUGACUUGGCUGGUGUGGUACAGAGAAGCCAGCUUGUUUACAUGCUUAUUCCAUGACUGCUUGCCCUAAGCAAGAAAGUGCCUUUCAGGAUCUAUUUUUUGGAGGUUUAUUACGUAUGUCUGGUUCUCAAUUCCAACAGUUUAAUGAAGAUCUAAAUAAAAUGCUAGGUUCUACC